CGGCGGUCUCCAAAACCGUCUGUAAGGCCACGACCCACGAGGUCAUGGGGCCCAAGAAGAAACACCUGGACUAUUUAAUCCAGUGCACAAAUGAGAUGAAUGUGAACAUCCCACAACUGGCAGACAGUUUGUUUGAAAGAACUACCAACAGUAGCUGGGUAGUGGUCUUCAAAUCUCUUAUCACAACCCAUCAUCUAAUGGUGUAUGGAAAUGAGCGUUUUAUCCAGUAUCUGGCGUCCAGAAACACAUUGUUUAAUUUGAGCAAUUUCCUAGACAAAAGUGGAUUGCAAGGCUAUGACAUGUCAACGUUUAUCAGACGGUAUAGUAGAUAUCUGAAUGAAAAGGCAGUUUCCUAUAGACAAGUGGCUUUUGACUUCACAAAAGUAAAAAGAGGGGCUGAUGGAGUAAUGAGAACAAUGAGCACAGAAAAACUCCUAAAAACUGUGCCAAUUAUACAAAAUCAAAUGGAUGCACUUCUUGACUUCAAUGUCAACAGCAAUGAACUUACAAAUGGUGUAAUUAAUGCUGCCUUCAUGCUCCUCUUCAAAGAUGCCAUUAGACUGUUUGCGGCAUAUAACGAAGGGAUUAUUAACCUCCUGGAAAAAUACUUUGAUAUGAAAAAGAACCAGUGCAAAGAAGGCCUUGAUAUAUAUAAGAAGUUCCUCACUAGAAUGACACGGAUCUCAGAGUUCCUUAAAGUUGCAGAGCAAGUUGGAAUUGACAGAGGAGACAUACCAGAUCUUUCACAGGCACCGAGUAGCCUUCUUGAUGCUUUGGAACAACAUUUAGCUUCUCUAGAAGGGAAGAAAAUAAAAGAUUCCACAGCUGCAAUCAGGGCUACCACCCUUUCCAAUGCAGUCUCUUCUCUUGCAAGCACUGGCCUGUCCCUCACAAAAGUUGAUGAAAGGGAAAAACAGGCUGCGUUAGAGGAAGAACAGGCUCGCUUAAAAGCUUUAAAGGAGAAACGUCUAAAAGAACUUGCAAAGAAACCUCAUACCUCUUUAACAACUGCAGCUUCCCCUGUGUCCACUGCAGAAGGAAGCAUAAUGACUACACCAGCCAUUGAUAUUUUUUCUACCCCUGUCUCUUCAAACAGCACUUCAAAGCUGCCAAAUGAUCUGCUUGAUUUGCAGCCAACUUUUCAUCCGUCUGUACAUCCUUUAUCUGCUCCACAAGUAGGAAGUACCUGGGGAGAUCCUUUUUCUGCUACUGUUGAUAGUGUUGAUGAUGGCAUUCCAAACCUAAAUCCUUUCCUUACAAAAACUAACGAUGCUGCUCAUCUGUCUGUGUCUUCUGAUGUAUCUACUUUCACCAGUAGGACACCCACACAUGAAAUGUUUGUUGGGUUCACUCCAUCUCCUGUUGCUCAACCACAGCCAUCAGCUGGCCUUAAUGUUGACUUUGAGUCUGUGUUUGGAAACAAAUCCUCAAAUGUUGUCCUAGAUUCUGGUGGUUUUGAUGAAUUAGGUGGUCUCCUAAAACCAACAGUGGCCUCUCAAAACCAGAGUCUUCCAGUUGCCAAAGUACCACCUAACAAAUUAGUGUCAGAUGAUCUGGAUUCAUCUUUAGCCAAUCUUGUGGGCAAUUUGGGCAUUGGAAAUGGAACUACAAAGAAUGAUGUCAACUGGACUCAGCCGGGUGAAAAGAAACUAACAGGCGGUUCCAACUGGCAACCCAAGAUUGCACCUACAACCGCGUGGAACGCUCCGACGUUGGCACCACCUGUAAUGGCAUAUCCUGCCACAACGCCAACAGGAAUGAUGGGCUAUGGGAUGCCGUCGCAGAUGGGAGCCAUACCAGUAAUGACACAGCCAACUUUAAUAUACAGUCAGCCAGUCAUGAGACCACCAAACCCUUUUGGCCCUGUACCAGGAGCACAGAUUCAGUUCAUGUAACUGUGUUAGAUGGAAGAGAAAGGAACGUUUCCAAAAAGACGUGCU